GAUAGUUAGGGAAGGACAGCCCAUUACACCUGCUUUACUCCAAGGAGCCACACCAUCCUAAAGCCUGGUUUUAUCUUAACUUUUCACUCUAAUAAAGAAACAAGCCACUCAGGUUAGGGGCGAAGCUUACAGCUUAACUUGGGACAGAUUUAGUCAGUAAGACGGAAAUGUGUUACAUCAGUGAUUGGCCGAGGCGUUUCCUCAAAACUAUCCUGCUGCAGCUGAGCUGCCAUCAGGUGGAGUUGCUGAUUGAAAAUGAAGCAGAGAAGGAUUACCUGUAUGAUGUCCUCCGCAUGUAUCACCAGUCGAUGGAUUUGCCAGUGCUGGUGGGGGACCUGAAGCUGGUAAUCAAUGAACCAAAGCGCUUGCCCCUGUUUGACGCCAUCCGACCUCUCAUCCCCCUCAAACACCAGGUGGAGUACGACCUGCUCACCCCCAAGAGGUCACGGAAGCUCAAAGAGGUGCGUUUGGAUCGGACACAUCGUGAUGGACUGGGUCUGAGUGUCCGAGGAGGUCUGGAGUUUGGCUGUGGGCUCUACAUAUCACAGAUUGUCAAAGACGGUCAGGCUGGUAAUGUCGGCCUUCAGGUUGGUGAUGAGAUCGUGCGUAUCAACGGAUACUCCAUCUCCUCAUGCAUCCACGAGGAAGUCAUCAGUCUCAUCAAGACGAAAAAGAUUGUGUCACUCAAAGUCAGGCAUGUGGGGAUGAUCCCAGUGAAAAGCUCAUCAGAUGAGCCCCUGAAGUGGCAGUUUGUUGACCAGUUUGUGUCUGAGUCGGGGGAGAAAAAAAACAGCAUUGCAGGCUUAGCAUCGAUCGGAGGGAAGGAGAUCAAGGAGAAGAAAGUUUUCCUCAGUCUUGUGGGAACGAAGGGUAUGGGCAUCAGCAUAUCCAGUGGUCCCACCCAGAAACCUGGCAUCUACAUCAGUAAUGUCAAGCCAGGCUCCCUGUCUGCAGAAGUUGGACUUCAGAUUGGAGACCAGAUCGUGGAGGUGAACGGGGUGGAUUUCACCAAUGUGGACCACAAAGAGGCUGUGAAAGUCCUGAAGAGCAGCAGGAGUCUGACUAUUACUGUUCUGACAGGAGCUGGCAGUGAGUUGUUUAUGACAGACGAGGAGCGUCUGGCAGUGGAGGCCCGCAGGGAGCUGGAGAGACAAGAGCUGAUGCAUCAGAAAAGGGUGGCACUGGAGACCAACAAAAUCAUUAAAGAGCAGCAGGAGAAGGAGAGGCAGCGAAAGAUGGAGAUUUCUCAGAAAACUGCAGAUGAAGAGGAGCGCUAUAAAAAGGAGAUGGAGAAGAUUGAUGCUGUGGAGAAGAAGCAGGACAGAGAAUGGGAGGAGGAUUGGGGCACCAAAGACAGGCCCAAGAGCCCUAAGAGCCCCCGCACUCCAAAGAGCAAAUCGCCUGCCCCACCUGAUAUAAAAACGACCCCGACUCCAAAGGCCAAGAGCUCUCCAUUUGGCUGGUUUUAUCGAUAUGAGGGGAAACUGCCAUCGAUCCGCAAGAAAGGAGAGAAGAAGAAGAAAAAGAAGAAGGUGUCAAACACAGACACACUGCAGGAGCAGAGAAAAAGCAAGAAGGAGAUGGAGUUUGAGCUGAAACUGGCCAAGGAGAAAGAAGAGAUGUAUGAACGAGAGAAGCAACUGAAGAUCAAUAGGCUGGUUCAGGAGGUUUCAGAGACGGAGAGAGAGGACCUAGAGGAGUCUGAGAAAGUGCAACACUGGGUGGAGCGUCUUUGUCAGACUCGGCUGGAGCAGAUCUCCUGUGUGGAGAACGAAUCCCCAGAGCUCUCCCCGCCGCGCUCUCCUGCCUCUGAGCCCAAGGUGAAGCGUUUCCCUGGUGGUCUCCACUUGGCCACCACUGAUCUGGAUGACAUCAACCUGGAUGAUGUUGAUCAGAGCCUGAGGGGCCCUCUGAAGAGACUGGCCCCCACCCAGCCCAGUACCAGCCAGCCUCCUCCUCCCUUGCCUCUCCCUCCACCCUCGCCCAAGCUGAACCCUACCAUUCCCAGCUACUCUCCUCCUCUCUCCCGAGCGUUGCCACAGCGCCGACCUCCGUCUCCACCCAACGCUAGGAAACAUCCCUCCGCCCCAUCUACCUUGACCAACAAGGGACGUAGGCCUCAACCACAGCCUCACCCUCAGCAUCACCCUGCCCAAACCCAUCUCCCUAAUCCACCUUCCUCCCACUACCCUCCUCCGUCUCAGUCGUCGUGGCCUCCAUCUUCCCCUCAACCUGCUCCACGGCCUCCUCCACCGCCGCCCCCUCCUCCUCCACCACCUCCACCUCCCCCUCCGCCCCCACCUCCACAACACUCUGAAGACCGGAUAGGCACUCUCAGCGGAUACCGCCAACAUCAUCACCAUCACCUCCAACACCCUCCCAGUCCUCCCGAGCACAGGAGUGAGUGGGAGGCAGGUGGUUAUCUCCCGAGAGGAGGGAUUUACUCGUCGAACACCAGUGAAAUGUCCUACCCCUCUAGUCCAAAGGUAAUGAGAAAUACAUCCCAUGCCAGUCACAUUUCCACUUCAAGCACGCCCUUGCAACUAGCUCCUAGUCCUCCCAACCAGAGGCGUCAGACAGCCCCUGUCAUGUCUAAGCCUGUUAUGCUGCCUCAGUCGCAGACCCACCGACCAGAUCCUCACAGACCUGCACUCCGUUCUGAUGGUCUGCCUCCAGAAAUGCUAAAACGGAUGGUGCCUUUCAACUCGUCUUUUAAAUCAAACACCAAACGACAAGAAUUUCAGAAAUACGAGGAAGAUUUUGAUCCCUACUCAAUGUUCUCCUCGGACCAGAUAGCCGGGCGAGAUGUGAGACUGCUGAGAAUCAAAAAGGCUGGGCAGCUCGACCUUGCUCUGGAGGGGGGAGCAGACUCUCCUUUGGGAAAAUUGGUGAUAUCUUCUGUGUAUGAGGGUGGUGCUGCAGAUAAGCACGGUGGCAUCGUACCAGGAGAUGAACUUAUGGCUGUGAAUGGGAAGAUCCUGAUUGAUGCCACAUUGACUGAGGGACAAAACUCUCUGGCUCGAGCCUGGAAUAGUGGAGGGGACUGGAUCGAUGUUGUGGUUGCUGUUUCCCCUCCAAAAGACUAUGAAGAUGAAGUGACGUUCUUCUAGUCUCAUUGACAGCCUGCCAAGAAAACCACACUGAUUGAGAAGAGGGUUUCUUGGGGAUUCCUUCAGGAUUCGCUGUCAUUUCAAUCACAAUAAAAUAAAAUUGUUUCCUCUUUA